UUACUCUUGGGGAUCUCUCAAGUAAGACUCCACUGACUUCCAGAGACACACACUUUUGGACUUUUUUGUGCAAGAAGCUUUCUAAGGAAACAUGGUGUCAGCCGGCUUUCAGAUGUUGGGCACUGCCCUGUGCAUUAUUGGAUGGAUUGGGACCAUCGUUGUCUGCGCCCUUCCCCAGUGGAAAGUGACAGCCUUCGUUGGACAGAACAUUGUCACCGCUCAAACCACCUGGGAGGGCAUAUGGAUGAGCUGUGUGGUCCAGAGCACAGGUCAGAUGCAGUGCAAGGUUUAUGACUCAAUGCUGGCCCUUUCCCGGGACCUCCAGGCUGCACGUGCCCUCAUCAUCAUCUCCAUCCUGCUUGGAAUCAUCGGCAUCCUCCUCGCAAUUGCAGGAGGCAAAUGUACCAACUGCGUGGAAGACGAUGCCUCCAAAGCUAAAAUUGGCGUGGCAUCUGGUGUGAUCUUCAUCCUUUCUGGUAUUUUGUGCCUCAUCCCUGUGUGCUGGACGGCAAACACCAUCAUUAAUAACUUCUACAACCCGCUGACAAUAGGCUCUCAGAAAAGGGAGAUUGGAGCUGCACUCUUCAUCGGCUGGGGGGCUGCAGGCCUCCUCAUCCUGGGUGGUGCACUCCUCUGUGCCAACUGCCCUCCCAAGGAUAACUAUUCUGCCAAGUACUCAGCUAACCGUUCAACUGCACCCAAGGACUACGUCUGAGGAGAGGGAAGCCAAAUGACAAGGCCAAGGGACUGAAAAGAGACUUGAGUCAAAUGCUUUGUGGUCCAUGACACUGAUUUGUGUUGACACAAUGAGUAUGAUUUGAAUUUCACAAUGAUUUUAUUGUGCUCACACUUUAUGCUGAAAAUUUCAUGUUGAGUUAAAGCACUUCAAGAUUUGUUUCAUCUGUGCCAAGAUGAGGAGAUGUGGGCCACACCCAGACAAGAUGGACUGAGUGACACAAUGCUUGAUGGGAGUAAAAAAAUAUAUACAUAUCGGAGCAACAUUUUGAAAGUUAAUCUGCUGAUUCAUUUUUCUUUGUUUUCAUCCAUUUGUGCCCUUUUUCAUAUCAUUUCAUUUAAAAAUGUGUUUUAUAUGUGACUGUCUGAAACUGUAAAUAAAUAUUUUUUAUCAACAUUGAA